AAGGCAGAGAUUAAUGGAUUGAGGGUGAGAGUUUUAGGCGGUGCUCUCUCUCUAACUCAAUCUGGAGCUCAAAAUGACCGAAAAAGGACUUGGACAUUGAAGAUUGUGAAGAAUUGAAGCAGCUAAUAACAAAUGAAGUAGAGGAUGAUGGCCGUCUCAAUUGCACGUCCAUUUUCUCAAAACUAUAGAGGCCCAAAAUUUGGAGGUAUCUACAAAGCUCAUGAACUGAAAUAUGUUAUUGGAAAAUGCCAUGACGAGUGUCUAUCAAAUGAGAAUGAAAACAAGGAGCUCCACAUUGAUCUUCCUGCAUUGGAAACACUAUCCCUUGUAGAUGUACCAAAUAUGAUGAGCAUUUGUGUCAAGAAUUAUCAACUGGAACGCACAUCUCAACAGAUUAUGGAAGCACCAAAGGAAAUUAAGGAGCAUAUGGAAGAUGUCACAAGUGAAGCAGCAAAGGAAUCUGAAGUACAAGAGAUUGUUAAUGUUGACAAACCACUCUACCCAAGUGUGGGCACCCAAUAUUUUCUCAACUUCUGCAAUGUGAAAGAAAUAAAAAUUGCUGGAAACAAAAAGUUGAAAACUAUGUUCUCUCUCUCUACAUGUAGAAGCCUAUCACAGUUGUCUAUGUUGGACAUAAGUCACUGUGAGGAAUUAGUUAAUGUUGUUGAAGAAGAUUUUAAUGGUCAUCAUCAAAUGAACUAUAUAUAGCUCCAUUUUCCCGAAACUGGAGCAUCUAGAAAUCUGGUUGUGCAACAAGCUGGAGUCUAUAUUUCCUUUCUCUCUGGUUGGUGGUUUUCAAAAAUUAAAAUAUUUGGACAUCAUGGAAGCUGCUGAGUUUAAAUACAUUUUUGGGAAAUGUAUUAUAAUAUGCAUUUCCUAUGUUUAUUUGAUUCUUUUUCUUGGAAUUUUUCCUUUUG